UGCAGGCCUUGCCCCAACUCCCCCCAUUACCCACAAUCCCCUGAGGGCCUCUUCCCAGCCCCAGCCAUGGCUCUGGUGCCCCCCAAGCGGCGGCGGAAGCAGGUGCCCGUGGGGGCCGAGGGCCAGGCUGAGGUGGCGGGGGCCCCAGGGGGGCUGGUGCUGUGCCUGGUGCAGCGGCGCAUGGGGGCCUCACGUUGUGCCUUCCUCACUCGCCUGGCCCGGGCUCGGGGGUUCCGUGUGGAUGGGCCCCGCAGUGCAGCAUUGACCCACGUGGUGGCUGAGCAGCUGACGGGGGAUGAGGCAGCUGCGUGGCUGGCACGGGAGCGUGGAGGGGUUGGGGGUCCCGGCCCCCAACCAGCCAUGUUGGACCUGAGCUGGCUGACCGAAAGCAUCAGCGCUGGGCAGCCUGUGCCCGUCGAGCCACGGCAUCGCCUCCAGGUAACAGUGACUGUGGAGCCCAGCCUGCAGGUGGCGCCCUAUGCCUGCCAGCGCCGCACCCCCCUGGACCACCCCCACCCUGCCCUCGUGAUGGCACUGGAGACUCUGGCAGAAGCUGCCCUGUUUGAGGGUGAAGAGGCACGAGGCCUGGCAUUCACCCGCGCUGCCUCUGUACUGCGCUGCCUGCCUCGAGCCCUGCGGGGUACGCAUGAGCUUAGCGGCCUGCCCGGCAUCGGGGGGCACUCCCACCGUGUCCUUCAGGAGGUGCUGGAGGAUGGGGUCUGUGCAGAGGUGGAGGCAGUGAAACAGUCAGAGCGAUACCAGACCAUGAAGCUGUUCACCCAGAUCUUUGGGGUUGGGGUCCGGACAGCUGACCGCUGGUACCGGGAGGGGCUGCGGUCACUGGGGGAUCUGCAGUCGCACGGGACCCGGCUGACCAGGGAGCAGCAGGCAGGGGUGGAAUGCUUUGAGGACCUGGCUGUACCUGUGGGCCGGGCUGAGGCCGAGGGCCUGGCGUGCCUGGUGCUGGAUGCUGCUGCCCGCCUGCUGCCCAACGCCUCUGUCACACUGGCUGGGGGCUUCCGAAGAGGCAAACCCCAUGGCCAUGACGUGGACCUGCUGCUGUCGCACCCUGAGGAGGGCCGUGAGGUGGGACUGCUGGGCCCUCUUGUUGCCUGGUUGGAGGAGCAGGGUCUCCUGCUGUACCAGCACAGCCAGCACAGCAGCUACACCACCACAGCGGAGCCCUCUUCCAGCUGUGGGCCCCUGGACCGCUUUGAGCGCUGCUUCACCAUCCUGCGCCUGGUGCUGCCCGCAACAGGCACCGGGGUGCGGGCCUGGCGGGCUGUGCGCCUGGACCUGGUUGUCGUUCCCCACAGCCAGCUGCCCUUUGCCCUGCUCGGUUGGACUGGCUCCCGUCACUUUGAGCGGGAGCUACGGCGCUUUGCCCGGCAUAAGCGGGAGAUGGUGCUCAACAGCCACGGGCUCUACAACAUGCAGCAGGGCACCUUCCUACCAGCAAGCUCAGAGGAGGAGAUCUUCCAGCACCUGGGCCUGGACUACAUUCCCCCCACCCUCCGCAAUGCCUGACCUCACCCCAGACAAAUAAACCCCCUGACCAUACCCCAUCAUGACCCACAUCUGAUGCUGAUUUGAACUGGGCCUAGGUAGGGCUAACCUCUCUGCUAGGGCUGGAGGCAGUCUCAGGACCCUCCCCAGUGGGCAGAGCCUGUUGGGGCUGUCCCCUCUCACACCCUAGGGGGCAGAGCCUCUCAGAGCUAGGUGCACUCCCAGGCAGGGACUGAUGCCCUUUAUCCUGGUCUCCCUUGGGCACAGUGUCUGGGGCUUGAUGCCAGGGUUUAUGUCCAGCUUAGGGCCAUGGAGCGUGGCUGCCCCAUACUGCCCUGGUGUUUGCCUCACCAGUGGGUACCAAGCUCCAAGCAGGGGCAGGGGUGCAUCAGUGCUAACCCAUCCACAGUGCCAAUGUCUCCGGUACACGCCAGUCAUGGAUCCCCCACCCUUGCCUGCUGACCUGGAGAGACACCUGGUUUCAUCCCCCCCUCCCAUGCUUGUCACUAUAGACCUAUCCAC